CACACGAAAGCUGGAUGGAGAUAUCAGUAAGCAUGGAUGGUACAGUAUGAUACGUGUAGCAGACAAAUCGACGGAAAUCUGUUGAUCGAGCUUUGACUUCCGGUUCGACUUUCAUUGCUUUCCACUUCUCUGACUUCCACAAAGUCUCACAGGAUGUGUUACAGCAACGAGCAAACCCAUGCGUUACAGUCGAAAUCAAGAGUGCGAGUGGUUGGGAGCUGAAUCUUCCAGGUGCUUUUGCACUUGCUGAAUGGAGUAUGGUCUGAGACUGACGGGUGUACUCCAAGGUGUAUCCGGGAGCUUGAAUUGAAGCAUGCGCAAAGCGGAUCUUAGAAAAUGGCCGCUGGUGAUCACUAGCAUUCCAGGUUGCGUCAUUGAUAAGCGGCUAAAAGAGCAACGAAGCGUUCUACAUUAGUUACCGGACAGCAGCAGCAAAGACAGAAGUUUGUAAAGCGUCACCAAGAAGAACUUUUGAGUGAACGUGAAAGAGCGCCUACACUUACCUGCAACGUUGGAAACUCGAAAGUCUUUAUUACAGAGAGUCAAGGUGUGUUCGUCUCGUCAUGCCAGGUUGUAGAGAGGACGGCUGGUACAAUCAGAAGGCAUAGGAAAAAGUUAAAAAUGGAAGAAAAUCAUCGACCAGCUGGAAACAUCGUAAACGGACCGCUUCGCGCUUCAGCGGACCUAACGGCGAUAGCUGUUAUGAAAAAUGCAAAGAAAAUGAAGUUGGAAAAGGUGAUGUUACCUGCUAUGAUUUCCGGUGGUCAGAGAGUUGAAGUUGAGGGAUAUAAAGGAACGGAUUCAGACGGCAACGUAACACGUUGUAUUUGCGGUUUUGUUCACGACGACGGCUACAUGAUCUGUUGUGAUCGCUGCAGUGUAUGGCAACACGUGUUGUGCGUGGGCGUGGACCCCAAUGAUCCACCGGAAAAUUAUCUUUGUGAUAAGUGUGAUUCAAGGCCUUUAGAUUUUGGAAGAGCAGUGGCACUACAGAGAAGAAAGCUGGAGGAAAUGGCAGACUUGGGAUCUACGAAUUCCGAUGAAUCUGCAGAUGAGAGUGGAAGCGUCAGUCCUCCUGAUUUUAGCAGCAAAUUGUGUGAGGCGGUUGUUCACGAUCACUUGUCCAGUACGUGUCUUGCGCCGUUUGCAACGUCAGGUGGGCUUCCACGAGCAAAGCAGAGGGUUAGAAAGCCUUCACUGUCAAAGUCUUUGCUGCUUCAAAAGGCUCAUUCUUGGGACAGCCAGUCAUUACCGUCACUUUUGGAUUCAACACGGCUGCAGACAGUGAAUUUUGGUGAAACGAACGAGAAAGGCAUUGUUGAUGUUAAUUGUUCAUCACAUAAUCCGGUCACUACUGAUCCUUGGGACUGCCAAUCUGUGCUCUGGUGUGACAACAAGAAGCCGAUUCCUGGCAAUGUAUAUACGAAAGAGAUACUAGAGAUUAUCGAGAUAGUGUUGGGGAAUAAGAUUGUGAUGGAUUGGCCGUUGGAUCCACCACAGACAGAUGCGGUUGAAUGUGUGCAGCGCGUGGAGGCAAAACGAAGGUCUCUGGUCUCUCUAACAAGUGUCGAUGCCAAUACGUUUCUCCACGAAUACCAGGGUCGUUUUUUGACACGAUCUUCAUUUGACAUUGAACAUGGAUCAAUUCCAUGGCAAAACAGUCUUUGUCCUUAUGUUCUCUUCUUCAAGCUAGGAAAUUUAAAUUUGAACCUUUGUGUUGAUGCGAGGGUGAAUGGGAACGUGAGUCGUUAUGUUCGUCGAAGUUGCUCUCCAAAUGCAAAGGUGCGCUGCUACAUUCGAGAUGGCAAGCUUCAAGUCGGCAUCUUCUCACAACGUUACAUCACUUCUGGGACGGAAAUCACGAUUCCAUUCGAUUUCAACAUCCACGAAUGCAACAUUAUGUUGGAAUGUUCGUGUGGGUUGUCUACAUGUCCUGUGCUGGCCGCAAACCAGGCAACAACACAGAGACUAGAAACGCUUCCGUUGCUACUUGGAGGGUCGGGAGUGAGAUCAGCAUUGAUGACGGUCGGACACAACGAGAGAGACAAUUCCGUGUACGAACGGCAAGUGAUGCAACAUCAUCUAGAGCAACAGAUAAUACAACCUGGUUCUCCACGAAAGAUGAGCGCGAGUGGCAAUCAUUUACGGUGUGCUAAACGACGUCGGAGACGUCAGUCGGAUGGAGUAAUUCUUGUAAGGAAAGACGGUGAAGGAGACUCUGAUGGCUUGGAGUUUGAUGGUUUUGAGCAAGAAAAGAAGAAGAAUCUGACUCGUGAGGAGAGGAAGCUCGAGGCUAUCAUGAAGGCCUUCGAGAAGAUGGAGAAAAGUGAGAAGAGGAAACGAGAAAUCAGCAGUACAGGCAAAAGCAGUGGAGGAGCUUCACCAGAGAGUGAAGAGAAGAAACCAACUGGUCGUGGUAGAAAGAUUGGUCAGGUGGGGAAAAAGAAGCCGGGAAAAAAGCGUCGCUCUGUUACUGGUUUGAGUUUGGAGUCUCUCUCACCAGACAGCAGCAGUAACUUAACGUCUGCACCACCAGCCACGCCGGUAGACGUCAUCUCUCCAUUUACACCUCCACUAGUGACGACUCCGGUCAACGCGGCAUCUACAGGAAGUUCGGUGAAAUUGCCGAGGAAAAAGUUUAUUGUCAACGAGUGGAUGAACCAAGACAAAAUGACGACAUCUGCGUUUGGAGCUUUUUCUAGUGGAAUUGGUGCUUCACCAUCAGGGGCUGAUAAUGCUAUGAAUGAAGUCAAAGAGAAUGGGACAGGCCCAUUUUCCAACCUUGUAAUGACUUCAAAAGGAACAACAUUUGAGUCAAAUGGUUUGACAAAUGACAUACAGAGUAAUCACUCAAUGAGCAAUGGGAUUUUGCUCGAUUAUGAGAAAAAGGAUGCUUUACCCUCCUAUGAAUGGACUAACCUCCAAGUGUCUGAAAAGAGUUCUGCUCUUGAACCUCAAAGCCUCGCUUCAACACCACAGUCAGAAGUCUUGGAGUCUGCGUUGUGUUCUACUCCAAUCCGAGCUGUAGAUCCAAGAAAAGCACUGCUAAACUCUUGGUCUGUUUGCUCAACAAAUCAAGUCACUGCAGAGCAACCAAAGGUUGAUAUGACGUCAUUUUGUAAGAAAAAGAGAUGGCUUCAAAUGGCUAAACAAGUGACCGUAACACAGUCAGUGCCUGUGCCUGUAACACAGUCAAUGCCUGUGACACAGACGGUUCCAUCAGGCUGUUUAAACUCGUGUAGUAGCUCUUGUAGUGAUACAACAUGGACAGAAAGUGAUAUUGCGACUCCUCUCUUUGAUGUAACAUCUUCAAUGAGACAUGUUGUGUCUGCCAGUGUUGUGCGAGAUUCUGUGUCAUCAGUUGCAACGUUGAGGAGUUCUAAUGAUUUAGAGUUGGGAGUUGGUAUGAGAGAACAGGGAGGCAAGGGAGUGAAACGAAAGAAAAUGUCGUUAUUAGAGUACAGAAACAGGAAACGGGAUGCUGUACCCAAAGAAGAGACAAAGAAUACAUCAUGGCAUUCAGAGUCUCUCAAUUCGUCGUGUACAGACAAUGCCUCUGCGUUUGGAGUCACUCACACAUUCCAUCCAGUUACCAACUUUGAGGUUGCAAACGAUGCAGACACACAGGGAAACGAGCAACAUAUUCCCCAGCCUCAUACUCCACCUCUGCCGCCAGUUAUUGAACCCGUCACACCAGAGGGCGACCAAUCAGACAGUGAAGAAGCAACCAUGCAAUCACCAACAAGAGAAGCCGACCCUCAAUGGGAACAUUCACUACGAGAUAAGUCACAGAGUCGAAUUGACUGGUCAAGCAACCAGACACCGUCUGUAUUGAAACCACCACAACUGCCUGAUCUUCCUCCACUUCCAGUCACGCCACCACCACCUCCACCUCCAGAGGAUAUGUCAGACCUACCAGCCAUCCCUCACCCAUGGCCUGUCUCUCAGUUUCAACCGGGUUGGACAACACACCCUCUACUCACAUACCCGUACCCACAACCACAAACUGGUAUGACGUUUGUACAGCCACCUUCGUCGCACCCGACGAGUUGGACAUCAUUUCCUCAUGUUGGAAGAACCAACUACUUGACUGAUUCUACACAGUACACGCUGGGCAUAUCAUCGACUGGUAACUUUCCUUCUGCUAACCCAAAUGGUCCUUUCUAUCACUAACGGCCGCUGUACAUACUAUAAUAUACACUCAUUCCUAGUAGGUGAGUCAGAUGGAAGUAAUCAUGCUUGACAAUUGAGUUGUCUCAGUGUUUGGAAUCUGUAAAAUCUUCAUACAGCUGUUUCACGCGAAUAGCUACAUGUAAUACUAGUUGAGUGUACAUACAUUCCAAAUAUGCUAAUACAAAUAUCAAAAAUGUAUCAAACAACAAAUCAGUAAAUAAAUACACAACUGUAACUACUCA